AUGCCCAGCUCUACUGAUGAUGCAAUUCUUUUUCUAAAUGGCAUGCUUUCUAAUGUCUGUAUCUUCCUUGCUUUAAUUCGAGAAUACGAAAGUGCCUCAGGUCAACGGGUUAAUGCUUCCAAAACUUCUUUCCUCUCGCCUAAGAAAACGUCCAGGAGUAAAGCUCAGAGACUUAGCAACCUCACAAGCUUCUGCCAAGCUUUCCUUCCCAUGGUGUAUCUGGGCAUUCCUCUCACCAAAGGCAAAAUCACCAGUCCGCUUUUGCAGCCGAUCAUGCACAAGAUUACAAGUAAGAUUGAUGGUUGGAAAGCGAAGCUUCUCAAUCCGACCGCAAAACAGGUCCUCAUCAAGCAUGUUCUUUCUAGCAUGCCCAUCCACUUACUAAUUCCCAUCAACAUUCCCAAGCUUGUCUGCAAAUCUUUAGAAAAAGCUUUUGCCAAUUUUUCUGGGGCAGUUCUGAGAAGGGAAACAAUGGACAUUAGGUCAAAUGGUCCAAAAUCUGCACGCCUCUCCAUGAGGGAGGUUUAG